AUGCCGCCACGUCCAACCACAGAAGGCGGUACAGCUUGGGGAGGAAGAGGGAGAGGCGGAGGCGGAGGUGCCCGUGGCGGCGGACGUCCUCAAAGUAUCGGACGCGGAGCUCAGACGACUAGUGAAGGCCUCCAGCCCUCUGGGUCAACAGCCCAUAUAACGACCGUUGGCGUCAAACGCCCAGGAUAUGGAACCGCAGGAAGAAAUAUCAAAGUCAAAACUAACACCUGUGUGGUUCAGGUGCCCCAGAAGAUCAUACACCACUACGAUGACAUCGUCUCCGAGAAGACACUGCCUCCACGAUUCACAAUGCAACUGGUGAAAGAACUCCAACAAAAAGAGGAAUUCCUUCCCAAAGGGAGUUACGACGGAAAGAAAAAUCUGUUCAUGCCACAUGUCAUUGAUUUUGGAGGUGCUGAUAUGCGAGAAUACGAUGUUGUGGUAAAUGGUAGUUCCCAGCCAGGAGGCAGACCACCACCUGUGUUCAAGAUUCGAAUCAAGAAGGUUGCGGAGAUUAAUCCAGUAGUAUUGCAACGUUUCAUUAAGGGGAAACAAUCGCAGGAUGAAAGUGUCCAAACGGCACUAACGGCAUUGAAUGUUGUCAUCCGAAUGCUUCCAAUGCAGAACUAUCCUUUCAACUCCAGAUCAUUCUUUAUUAAGACUGAUUUCAAGAAUGUUGGUCACGGAUUUCAGCUACGCAGAGGAUAUUUCCAAUCCCUUAGACCUUCACCGGGUCAUCUUCUCCUGAACAUUGACCUCUCCACAGGAAUGUUUUACAAACCAGGACCUUUGAUCAGUGUUGCACUCGAAAUCGUGAGCAAUGCACGUAACCCCGACCCAAAUCUCUUAUCCACAGACCGCGGGCUUCCCGAUCGUAUCUUCAAAGACCUGGAACGGUUUUUGAAGAAUGUUCGUGUAUCGGUGCAGCCAGCAACAGCCAGGUCUCCUCCAAAAGUUCAUACCAUUAGUUCAUUGACACGGGAAGGAGCGCAGGGCAUUACAUUCAACACAAGAGAUGGCACUCCCACAACUGUUGCUUCAUAUUUCCACAAUCUAUCAGGAAGGGCACUUCGUUAUCCAGAUAUCAUAUGCGCAAAGACUGCAAAAGGUGCAGUGUUACCUUUCGAACGCUGCACUAUCUUGGAUGGACAGCUUGCGAGAAAGCAAAUUCCACCAGAUGUUACCAGACACAUGGUUGAUUUUUCAAAGAAGAGCCCAGCGGAGAGACUCGCGAGUAUCAAAGAUGGAUUCGGGGUUCUUGGUCACACCGAAUCUGAAUAUGUGCGGAAUUUCGGAUUGGAUGUCAAUGAAGAUACAUUUCCAAUGGUCACUGAUGCGCGACAACUACCUGCUCCGAAACUCAAGUACGGUGAAGGAAGCAAACCCAUAUUUGCUGAAACUGCUGAAUCAGUGGCUCACGAUUUUGUCAAUGGCUGCAAGAAUUUUGGUAUUGUUGUUGGAGAUGACAACCCAAUUAUCCAAUAUGGAGCAGGGCAAGCAACCACUUUGGUACUAAGAGAAGCUGGUAAGAAGUGUUUGGACAAAUAUAAGGUUGUCCCAGACCUACUACUUGUAAUCCUUCCGGAUGGCGGGAGGGACAUUUGGCAUGCAGUAAAGUACUUUGGUGACGUUGAACAAGGAGUGGUCACGCAGUGUUUGAUGGCAACUAAAUGUAACAGAGCAAGUGGCCAGUAUUGGGCCAAUGUUUCUCUCAAAGUGAAUCUCAAAUUUGGAGGAAUCAAUGCUGUCCCUGAUGAUGCAAAUUCUACUAUUAUCAGUGACUCCAUAAAUCCAACGAUCAUAAUGGGUGCGGAUGUCAUGCACCCCGCUCCUGGUUCAGAUGCGCCGUCAUAUAGUUCUCUCGUUGGAAGUGUUGAUAGUAGGGCUAUCAAAUAUAUUGCAAAGAUCAAAGUGCAGACAUCCCGCCAGGAGAUCAUCGCUGACCUUCGCACUAUGGCUAUGGAUAUAAUCCGGGAUUACCAAGAUUAUCAACAACAAGUUGAAAAGACAUCUGGGAAACCCAAGCGGUUAAUCUUCUUCAGAGAUGGCGUGUCUGAAAGUCAAUUUAAAGAAGUGAUGCAACAAGAGGUAGAUGUCUUAAAAAAGGUCUGCGCGGACCUCGAAAUCUCUCCAAAAAUAACUUUCAUCAUUGUCGGAAAAAGGCACCAUUACCGUUUUUUUCCUUCGAACCCUCAAAACAAAACAGAAGCAGAUCCCAAGGGAAAUUGCCUCGCCGGAACCGUUGUGGACAAAGGCAUCACCCACCCGCUCGAGUUUGACUUUUACCUCCUAAGUCAUGGAGGCUUACUGGGAACCUCUCGCCCAGCUCAUUAUUCGGUUUUAUACGACGAUAAUGGAUUUAAAGCUGACUCAAUUCAAUCCAUUUGCAAUCUAUUGUGCUAUAUGUAUGGACGUGCGUCGCGGUCUGUCUCCAUCCCCGCACCAGUCUAUUAUGCCGAUAUUGUCUGUUCGCGGGCAAGAAACCAUUAUGAUCCCAAUGCUGAUGGGUUUUCGGAAUCUUCGAGUAUUGCUACCAGCGAUGCGCUACAGAGCUUCAAACCGCUCCAUGUUCGACAAUCGAAGAGGAUGUAUUUCAUGAUCUACGACGCCCACCCUUCUCCUCUCCAACCCUUGUCAGAUGACAAAUACAACAGCAAACUGCAAGUUAUCAGAGGAAGGGUCCUCGGGGAAUUUCCGUUUGGGAGUAAAGAGCGGUAUGGGUAUGGGCAGCUCAUGGCUACACGGGCGAUGGUCCAUGAGGGAUUCUUAGUUGGGGAGGAUAGGGAGGUGGAUGGGAAUGUAAAUUGGAGUUCGAAUGUUUUGAGGGUUUGGGAGGAGACAGAUAAUGAAGGCUGUGUAUGUGUUGAAUUUGUGGAUGGGAGAGUGGAAAGGUGUGAUUUGCUUAUUGGUGCAGACGGGGCAAGGAGUCAAACGAGAAAUGCGCUUUAUGGGGAAGAAUAUAAACCUUAUUACGACAGUCUAACCGGCUUUGGCGGGUUCACCCCUCUUUCCUCCUUUACCCCAUUCACUCGAGAUGCCUUAAUCAAAACCCCAAAACCUACCAUCGCCAUGUCCCGGAUCGGCGGGCUCGGGUUCUCUCUCCUCGCACCUCUCAACUCCCCCGACACCCAGAAAAAACUCAUCUGGUUUUCCCACGUUGAGACAAAGAACCCCCUCCCUCCGAUUUGA